AUGUCUUCUUUACUUUCGUCUUUCGACUUGGUUGCGGAAACGGUUUCCCACCUUCUCGAUGACAGACGAACGCUCCACUCAUGUUUACUUGUCAACAGGCUGUGGUGCGAGGCCACCGUGCCUAUACUCUGGAGCAAACCAUUCGAGUUGAUAGGUCCCAGCGUUACACGCAAAUGGAAAAAGCAUGUACCCAUGCUCAUUGAAGUAUGCUUCAUGUUUCUGGGUGAUCAUAUGAAAAAGCAGCUCAAUUUGCAAAGAAUGCGACACGCAAAUUCGACGUUUCAAUAUAUUGGAUAUAUAUCCCAAGUGAAUCUAUAUGAUAUACAAAGAGCCAUAGGAUAUUGGUAUGAGUGUAGAAGGACCAACGGCAGUGAACAAUCAAAGCAAAAGUCACUGUUUUCCAGGAGAACCAACAAGGUAUCGAAACCAAGUGAUCGCAACGAGUUUAUCGUUGAUCUCAUCGAUAGAACAUUCUUAGAUUUGAUUGAAUUGAUGUCACCCAAUCUCCAUACAUUAACUAUUGAAUCGGAAUUAUCUCACUCGGGCGGGCUUCUGAGACGGUGCAUGACUCGUGAUAAGAUCUUGCGACAUAUCAGCACUGUUAGUGCACAUGCAAAUAAAGUCUGUAGACUGAUCAUCGAAGGCCGUAAACAGAGACUGUCACCGCCGACAGGAGGUAUUGAUGUAUGCCCGUUGCUUGAUAAGACAGAGAGCCGUCUGCAGAAACUUAAAAUACAAGGGUAUCCUACAAGACUAGAUGCGAUAUUGUCGAAACUCCCUAAGUUAGCUUGCAUUAGUAAAAUCUCGUUUUGUUCGAUCAAUUUCAACGAAAGACUGUCGCUUAGUGUCCUGGCAGAUUGCAGAAAUCUGCAAAAACUAUGUUUCAAACGAUGCUAUGUGCCAGAUCAGGUUAAAUCUACCCUCUCAAAUGCAAAAAUAACAUCUCUACGUACAUUAAAAGUUAUUGGGACAAGUAUCGAUAUUGGUAUCCUAGAUACGAUUGUUAAAAAUACCAAUGGUAGCAUCGAGAGGAUUGUCAGUGACGGGGUUGAAUCCGAGUUCUCACAGAGAUUUUGGCCAUCAGUUGGUCUGAUCAGUCAAUACUGUCCUAAUAUCAGAUAUAUCCAGAUGAAGAUUUGCAAUAUAGAUGCCGGCGAUUUGAAAAAUUUUAGAAUAUCAUGUAAGAAAUUAUGUGUGAUGACGUUGUACGUUGGUAGUUGGCAGCGAUCUAUGCUCUUUUAUGAAUUUUCAGAUUGUAAUAUCACUCGCAUUAAGGAUGAGGGGACGGCGAUCAUAUACAACGUGAAAUUGCCGUUCCGUUCGUAUGUGUGUUGA